AAAAAGUACCCACGGAAAAUCGAAUCGGAAAAAAUAAUCGUUUUCCCUUUCUUCCGAAGUCGUCCUCUUCUUCCCGUCGCUUCGCCGUGCCGCACCACGGAAGGGAGGAGGCUUCCCCGCGAAGCUCGCCAUGAUCUCGCCGGAGAGGAGCCCGUCGCAGAGCCCGCGGGCCCCGGCGGCGCCGGCGGCGGGGGCGCCGUUCCUGUCGAUCUACGUCACGGAUCCCGUCAAGAUGGGUACCGGCGUGCAGGCCUACAUCUCCUACCGCGUCAUCACCAAGACCAACUUGCCUGAAUUUGAGGGACCAGAGAAAAUUGUUAUUCGUCGCUAUAGUGAUUUCGAAUGGUUGCAUGAUAGGCUUGCUGAGAGGUACAAAGGCAUUUUUAUACCUCCCCUUCCAGAGAAGAAUGCUGUUGAGAAAUUCCGGUUUAGCAAGGAGUUCAUUGAAUUGCGGCGUCAAGCUCUGGACUUAUUCGUUAACAGGAUAGCUUCACACCCUGAACUCAAGCAAAGUGAAGUCUUGAGGGUAUUUUUGCAGGCAGAUGAAGAGAAAAUGGAUAGGGCAAGGUCUUAUGAGACCGGCAUUUUUAAGAAACCAGCAGAUUUCUUACAGAUGUUUAAGGAUGUACAGUCAAAAGUCAGCGAUGUUGUUCUGGGAAAAGAAAAGCCGGUGGAGGAAUCUACCCCUGAAUAUGAGAAGCUUAAAAAUUACAUAUUUGAGCUAGAAAAUCAUUUAGCAGAGGCACAGAAACAAGCAUACCGUCUUGUGAAAAGACACAGAGAACUUGGGCAAUCUUUGGCGGAGUUCGGAAAGGCGAUUAAGCUUUUGGGUGCUUGUGAAGGAGAUGUAAUGGAAAAGGUGUUUUCUGAAGUUGGUUCCAAGUCAGAGAUGUUAUCAAUAAAACUGCAAAGAGAGGCAGACAACCUUCUCUUUAACUUUGAAGAGCCGUUGAAAGAUUAUGUCCGUGCUGUGCAAUCAAUAAAAGCCACUAUGAUGGAUCGAGCCAAUGCUUUCAGGCAGCACUUUGAUUUGGAUCAGGAGAGGAAGUAUAAGGAGCUUAACCUUGAAAAAUUGAAGUUCAUGAACCCCGAGAAGUAUGCUGAAGCAGAAUCAGAGUUUAGAGAGUUGAAAGCAGAUAGCGAGGAGGCUACGAAGAAGUUUGAACACAUAGUUAGACUGAUGAAUGAAGAACUCGGUCGUUUCCAGGAGCAAAAAACAGCUGAUAUCGGACUUGCAUUCCAUGAAUUUGCCAAAGGGCAGGCUAAGCUAGCUAAAGACAUUGCUGAUGCAUGGCGCAGCAUCCUCCCAAAGCUGGAAGCUUGUUCGACAUCACAAGUUGAGUUUUAGGCUGUUUUUUUCCUGGCCUGUUUUGACACUGAUUCCUGUAUACUUAAAAGUGAUGUUUGGAGAUGAUCCAGCUAUUAGAUUCAGUCAGACAGCAUUUCUUCCUGUUCGAGUAUGUGUAACCGUCUUCUUUUCUUGGAUCAGUUGACAAUUUGACAUAACUACUGGAAUCUCGUAAUAAUGAUAAUCAAUGAUGAAGAAAUA